AUGUGCCACGUCGUCCAGACAGUGACGACGCAUGCCGUCUUUGCUGUCCAGGUCGUUCAGAGGCCAUGUUGCUGUCAGCAACCUGGCAACAUACGAACGAUGCGGCAUGACGAAAACACGAUGCCACAGCACGACAACAACACGGAACGAGCCCACGUGCCCACGAACAACACAAGCGACAGUGCCGCGCAUGAACAGCAGCCCGCCCACCCACGAAUGACGUCCACCGCCGGCGAACGAGCCCUACACCCACAAACAAAUGACGAGCACCCAGGACACGACGACCCCCGCCCACGAAUGCAAACGACCGCCCACAAACGAAGACGACUGCCCACAAACGUGAGCGGACACGGGCCCAGCAACCUGUCGAAACGAGCACAAAGAGCAGGCGUGAAAGGGCAUGUUGAGGAUAGCCACAAUGAGAGGGUGGGUAUGCAAGCACCACGACCCAAGAACCCACCAUGUAUCAUUCCCCACAACGUCGACUUCCACCAACGGACCUCGCCUCGCAGACCAACCCUGCCUAUGCUGUCAAAAUCCUGGGGUGAAGUUGCCAUUCCCCUGAUCUUCCGAUCCUCGCAAGGAUGCACGGCAGUGUCAAUUGACACUCGCACUGCCCUUGCGAGGUUCAUUGGUCAUUUAUGGAGGCGUACCCUCCCGCAGGUUGGGGUACCCCUGGGAUUUUAUAAAUCCGCUACCCAUACCUGCAAAAACCCACACCCGUGGACGCGGGUACAAGUUCUGACAGGUAUGGGUACAACCCUGGGAAUACCCCGGAGUUAG